GGGUUUCGAAUGGUUGUUGAACAAGUGUUACGUCAUAAUUUUGUUCUUGAGUCUCCACAAACUUUGUACCCUGUAGAGGAGAGAUAUUUUGCCUACAGAUGUUUAGAUGUUUGUUGAUGUCGAAUGGCAAAGCUGCAAAGCGUCUAAGUUCCCUGUCAAACUCAUUCAAAGUUUCUCUCAGACCGCUAUGUUCAGGUAUGACUCGGCUACUCAACAUAUAAUGUUUUAUAUUAGGACUCAAUUUGUACCACAUACAGUCGUGUUAGUGAAUCUUAAAUUACCACUGCCAUGUAUGAUAAAGAAGUUAGAUGAAGGCAGUUAGACCCAACAGUCAUUUUUUUGCGUUUAUGGGCUAAACUACGGAAUACCCUACCACUCAUUUAUAUGUCGUUGAAUAAGAAUAGCGUCUAUUGUGUUACGCCUUGUUCUUGAAAGCCUCCCGACACAUGUAAAUGAGGUGAACCAAAGUGGCAGGGUAUUCUGUUUAAGCCUUGAUCAGUUUACAAUUUUAUUCCUAUGUUCACCUCAAAUUGUUUUACCGGUAGUUACAAAUCCCAUGUGGACUUGGUGUGACCCCCACUCCCACCCCCUGAGUUGCCAUGUUAAACUAAGUAACUGACAUAUUAGUGCAUGUAAUAUCCUAAAUCAGGGCCCUGUAAUUGAGGAGGCAGAAGUUAAAAUUUGAGGAUUUGCCUUUAAGCACAUUUCAGGUAGCCAAAAUGCACAUUGUUAAAUUCAGCGUGCCAAUAGCUUACCAGUUUAUGUGGUCCUUCAAUGUGAGGCAAUUUUGGCACUUGCUUGCUUGCUGUAGAGUCAUUGCAUAAAAUUUUACAGAUCUACCCCUUGUUAAGAAGAGAUGUCAAAAAAAUUGCAAAACCUUUUUUCAUAUACAGACGGAGUUGUAAGCAUUGGAGAUGUGAGUGUGAAAUUGAGGAAACCAUCCUCCCCUGAGUUAGUUCCAGUCAAGUAUGGUGAGUAAUUGUACCAAUAAAUCUCGAAAAAAAAAUGUUUGUAUAUCAAACAAAAACUAUUGCCUUUAUUUUGAUACAGACCUCCUGAUAUAAUCAAAUGUAAUUUUGUGGUAAGAUUGAGUUUUUUUCCCUGUAAUCUUCUUUCCUUAGUUAAUGGAGAACUUCCCCAAUCAGUCCUAAAGAAUCUGCGAUGGAUCAUGCAAAAGGUGACUUGGAGAAGUUUGUUUCAUGAUUUGUUUUCUUAGGAGUAAAUUAGUGUCUCUUAUUUGUAAAGUGGAAUAAUUUUGGAGGUCAAUGAUUUGCCAGUUGGUAAAAUUAGGACCCUCUAUGUCCAUUGUAUAGUACUUUUUAUCAAUCUUUGCUGAAAUUUUCAUGAUUAAAUUUUAAGUUGUUUAUUAUUAUUAAUAAUGAACACUCAAAAAGACUCCAUUCUAGUGAGACUGUUCAUUUAAUUAGGUAAAGAAAUAGACAAAGAUGUUUUUUCAUCUUCCCACAAGCAUGGGACAAUGAAAAAUGUUUGUAAAUAGAAUAAGAGACAUGGUGAGUUUUUGAGCUUGGUAAAGAAAUAGAAAAUGAUGUUUUUUCAUCUUAUCACUAGCAAGGGACAAGACAUAAAAUUGUUCUAUUUAAAAACAUUAUGUUAUCAACAUUGCUGAUCCUAGCAGUAUGCAGGACGUGUGUCAUAUGAACUUCAUAUUAGAUCUCACUCACUGUGGAGUCAGUCGUAGAGCAUUGGAGCACAAAAUCCGAAGGUCUAAGGUUUGGCUCCUCAUGGGGACUCAGAAUUUUUUCAUUGUUUCACACUAGUGACAAGAUGAAAAACAUCUUUUUAUAAUGGAUAUGUUAUUUUGUAACAGGACAAACUAGGCCAGGAUGUGUUUCUUAUUGGACCUCCAGGACCUUCUAGAAGACUGCUUGCUAUGCAAUACUUGGUUUGUCACAUACCACUUUGUUUACUGCGUAGUUCCCACAUACUGUAAUAUUUUUUAAAAAAUCAAUAGUUAUUAUUUUUGCAAGGUGUAUAAGGUUGUUUUUGAAACAUUUUCUGUCUUAAGAUAUAGGUAUUCCGCUUAGUUACAAAUUUGUGCACUUUACUGAGUUUUCAUAUGUGGCUCUAAUUCUUGUCUGCUACAAAGAAACAAAAAUUGAAUAUUUUGAAAUCCUAGACUGAAAUAUUAUGAUUAUUGAUGAUGAUUAUUUGUCAAUACUCUGUGCUAUUUUUUUCACAGGAGCUGACCAAACGUGAAGUUGAGUACAUUGCAUUAUCUCGUGACACGACUGAGUCAGAUCUAAAACAGCGUAGAGAAAUUUCUGCAGGAUCAGCUUAUUAUGUUGAUCAAUGUGCUGUGCGUGCUGCAACUCAGGGACGAGUGCUGAUACUGGAGGGGAUAGAAAAAGCUGAGCGUAAUGUACUUCCUGUGUUAAACAACCUCUUGGAAAACAGGUGAUUAUGUAUUGAAUGUAAUAUUUAUUGUUGUGGGGUGGAAUCAUAAUGUGGUAGUACUUCUCUCUCUCUUGAUUAAUGAAUCUGAAUGAAGAUGAAUUGUAGGUGUUUCUUAUGUAGGAUCAGGAUCCUUUAUUACGACAAGUAUGCAAGGGCAGGGUACUUUGAAGGAGAACUGAGGAAAGAUGCAAAUAAUGCCAAAUUACAAGACUUAGAAGAGUCUGAUAACUCAGAAUGCAGCCUGAAAAAGUCUUCAUAAUCUAGUGUUAAAAUAACUAAUAAAUAUAAAAAGUAAUAGCAAUAAAGAGAGCUGUGGACACUGCUCUAUUUCUUUGUAAUUGCACAAUUGACUGGAUCCUUAUAUACUUUAAAGGGAGAUGCAGUUAGAGGAUGGAAGAUUUCUUAUGGCUGCUGAGAGAUAUGACUCUCUUUUAAAAGUAUGUCUUUGAACUUUUUCACAGUGUGAAUCUUUUUAUUUUGACCUUACUAUCUGUCUUAGUAUAAGUCAAAAUAGGGAACAUUGUGUUUUAUUCGCUUGUCUGGUUUGAAGAAGACAUGAAAAAUUCCAUUUCAAUCUUUCUAGGAACAUAGUAGACAAGAGUUAGAUGCCUGGAAGCUUGUGAGAGUCAGUGAAGACUUUAGAGUUAUAGCUCUUGGGUUGCCUGUGCCUCGUUACCAUGGCAAUCCACUGGAUCCUCCUCUUAGGUCAAGAUUCCAAGCAAGAGACAUUCAUCUGUUACCAUUUAAGGUUUGUUCCUGAGUUGAAAGAUUAACAUUGAGAUUGAAAGGUGGACCAACAGCUAAAAAGUUGAAUGGUUAUACAGUGAAAACAAGCAGCCAACAAACAUUGAUAUCACUGGAAUGUAGAGAGAAAUCUGUUUUGGCAAACUGUCAAGGGAAACAUGAAAAAAUGUCUGGGAGAGAAUCUGCCCCAUCCCGGGGAGAGUAAAAAAUUCCUCUCUCAAUUCUUCAUGCUAUAAAAUCUGGAAAAGCUCUAGUCAGACGAGUCAUUUUGUUUAAUCACUGACUUUAUUUUAUGUUUCCUUUUUGUACUCCAGGAAUGUCACCAGUUAUUCCCCAGUUUUAGCUUGGGCAUUUUUAAUUAUCUUGGGUCCCUGUUGCUGUCAUGACUUGUUACUUUGUUUUCCUGUGAAUGACAAUUGGGUUACUUUAUUUUUAGGAUCAGCUUGCUGUCCUUCAAUCAUCAUGCCCCAAUCUACCCCAAGAAAGGUUUGUUAGCAAUAAAGUGACUGCAUUGUGAGGCCACUAUUAUUAUUAACAUUAUUAUAAUGAUUAAACUUUAUGGUUAUGUUUUCCAGGUGGUGAUAAGUAGAACCAGAGAAAAUAUAUUUUCUUUUGUUUGUCGUAUUAAAUUAUUAUAUUUAUUGAUAAAUUUUUCUUUCAUUUUUCACAGAUUAGCCCAACUGUCCUCCUUUGCACACACAUUACAAUCUACAGAGCUGGCAUCUGUUGGACUUCCGGAUUUUCCCAUUCAUAAUCUUGUAGAUAUUGUUAGAAUUAUGGUAAUUACUGACGAGACUUUGUACAUGCACUAUGUGUGUGUAAUUUAUUUUCUUUUUGAUGAUUGACAUCUUUGGUUAAGAGUCACAAGAAAAUUGAGGAAUUUAAUUCCAGAAGGAUUUAAUUUAGUUGCUAACAAUCCUUCACCAACCCAUGUUCAGUGUUAAAAGUGCUCAAGGAAUGAAAAAGAGCGUAAAGUUUAGAUUGGUUCUCUUAAUCAUAACUGGAAGGGAUUUUAUUUCAGUGUUGAAUAAAAUUGAAUUUUGAUAUCUAUUGUCUGCCUUCUUCUUUGCAGGAUAUAAAUCCACAGCACUCAUUAGAGGAACUUAUUCAUAGACUGUAUCCCUUUGAUCUCAUUCUUGGUGAUGAAGGUCAGAAGGUGGUCGGAGAAGCACUAAAGGUGAAAGCAAACAGUCAGACAAUUGAUCCUUUUUUCAUAGGUGUUUUAACAGGAAAGCCUGCUGCAGCAGUCUUUUCAAAAGGGAAAGACUUUACAACAGUCUAAUAAAUAUCUUAAGCACCAAUUCAAAUGUUUACAAUAAUCUACAUGUCAUCACUACAGAAUGCUGUCAGUGAAAAAAUCUUAAAUAAUUUUAAAUAAUUGAGAUUUUAUAAAAAACGAGAAAGAGAGUGGACUGCUUAGAUGCUGACAUGACAAACUACUGUGUUUUCAGUGAAUUACCUUGUACACAGUAUUGGCAUAUCUAGUAAAGGCUUAUAUGGUAUUAAAAGAAGUAGUCAUUCUUAUGUCCCAUAUUUAUUUGUUUUUGCACUUCAAUCAAUUUCCUUUCUUUCUUUUUCCAGACCUUUAAUCUUGAUGACAGAAAUAAAACAAAAUCCUUAUCAUCCUCGAUUGGUAGAAUAAAUAAGAUCACAAGCACUCCACCUUCCAUCUCCAAGGUGUCUGUUGAACUUGUUAAAGGUAAAAGAAGCACAGUGUUCGAGACUCAUGCUGGAAAUAAAGUUAAAGUCACAAACAGUCACAAAGCAGAUGAAUCAAAGGUAUUGAUUUUGGUCUUACCUUUCAAAUCAGUUUUGAAAUGUUGCAUCAUAAGUUCCAAACUAAUAAUUGCAUUUUUUACUUUUUCUCUGUUUUCAGUUAGUCAUGACCGAGUCACAUUCCAAAGUAUUAUCAGACAUGUUUGAGUCUCAUGCAGUUCAUGAUUUCUGUCUUGUGGGACCCAAGGUGAAUCAUACUUCAGGCAUCAGUUUGUAUCUUCAUUUGUUCAGGACAGUUAAACAUGUUUUUGUCAUUGUUGUGUACUCUAUAAGUAUGUAUCUGAACACAGUUUUCUAGCAGGGUAUCUGUUGUUCAUCUUUACUGAGCAUGUUUAUGUUUGGAAGCUCAUCCUUGGCAAAGAACAAGUAUUACUGUCUUGAGGGUAUUUUGGAUCAUCAUCAUGACUAUAGAGAAUAUCAGUAGCUAUGGUUAGGUGCAUUUUACCUUAAAAUAGCUUGUGAUAGAAUUGAUGACAUACUAGUGCCCUGAAGUUUAGUCAUAGUACAUUAGCUCAUAUAGCAUGGGGGCUAAGCUAAAAAAAGCUCUAAAUUUUCAUUAUAAACUAAGUAAUUUCUGUGAAUUCUUCUUAAAGGGCUGUGGAAAGAGUGUGCUGGUGCAGCAGUUUGCCAAUUUUCUGGGUUACAAUAUUGAGCCAGUUGUUAUAUAUCAGGUAAAAACCAUGUCUAUCUAUAAUAUUAUUAGCUAUAUCAAGAAAAAUAUUUGGAUGCUGCUAUUUGGUAUGGCAAAGAUCACUCCUCUCAAUUAAUCUGCUUAGUCUUAUAUUUAUUUAUGUAUCAUUUGCCUUUAUUACAUAUUAAAAGGGGAACAAAGCUAAUUUACACAGAUAAUACAUGGGAAAUAUGAAACAGAAAAUUAAAAGGUGAGGAAGUCUCAAGAAGCCAUGAAGGCUUGUAGGUGAGGCUCCCUCUUUAAAUUAGAGUUGAUGUUAAAUUAGAAUAUAGAAUGUAAUUUGACAAAUGUAAAGUACUAAGAAAACUUGAUUACUUAAUGUUAACAAUCUUGCUAAAAAAUUCAUCUAAUAUUUUACAAACUAAUUAAAUGGGAUUUAAGUAACUGUUUGAAAGAUCUUAUAUUGUUAAGUUCAAUUAUUGAAUAAGGCAGAGAGUUCCACAAUUUUGGUCCUUGGUAUAAAAUUGUGAAUUGUUUUAUGUUAGUUCUUUGGACUUGGGGAUAGUGUAAUUCAGCAUAUCUAGUCAAAUAAUUAUGAAUUUGGCUUCCAGUUUGAAACAAGUUUAGAAAAGAGUGAGGCACCUUCAUGGUGAUACAUGUACAUGAAGGCUCCAACAUAAAAAGAAUACAAACUGUAAUUGUCAAAAAUACCAAGUUUUUGAAAAAGAGGUUUAACACUGAAUGCUUAGAAAACAAACUGACGAUUCAGUAAAAUCUCAGCCUGUCAUUAACUUGUAUCAAGACUCAGCAUUAAUUAUGACUGAUGUGUUUUCCUCAUGAUUCAGGACAUGACAGGGAGGGAUCUUUUGCAGCAGCGUAUUACUCUAGCCAAUGGUGAUACAAGUUGGAGGUAUUCACCUCUUGUGAUGGCUGCGUUGGAGGGAAGUAUCGCAGAGUUGGAUGGAAUACACAGAGUGAAUCCUGGCACUUUAGCCAUACUACAAAGGUACCCAUCAUCAGUUUGUUAAAUUUUUCCAGAGUUUCACCCAAAUGGGUGUAAGUGUAGGUUGGAAGGUUGAAGGUCAUUUGCAUGUUUUGAGGGACAAAAACCAAGUCUUAACCUCACAUUAUUGAAUGGCCUCUUUCACCAUCAUUGCCAUAUGUGUCUUAAUUGAUAUCUGGAAAUAACUUUGGUGCUUAUUUUCUUGGUUGUAUGUGCCUGUGUGACAGUAUUUUGAUGUUACUUGUCAAAAGAAUUUAAGUGUCCUUAAAUCUUGUCCACCCAGAUACUUUGUUAGAGAGAUUUUUGAAAAAGGAUAAUGCUCAGAAACUUUUUUUUGUCAAUUUUUGUCAGGUUUAUAAAUGAGAGGGAACUGUCACUGUAUGAUGGAACAAGGCUGUUACACCAUGAAAGAUAUCAAGUAAUUAAAGAAUACAAUGGCUGGUCUGAUGAGGAAAUGGCCACAAGGUAAUCUUAACUUUCCAACCACUUAAGUCAUUUGAUGUUGACUGAUGUUCUUGACUUCUGUGUCAUUUGCACUUUUUUUAAAUACCAGAAAGGUCUAUUAUAAAGUCUUAACAGACAAUAAGGAAGUAGCAAAGCAGAUUUCAUGGCUCUUUUUUCUAAGUUGUGUGUAAGCAAAUGUUAUUAUUAUAACCUGAGUUCAGGGAGUUUUUGUAUUUGAUUGGGAAAAGAAGAGUUUCCUAAUCUGGCAUUGAUGUGAUUAAUUGUUGGGCAAGAGAAAAUCAUUCCAAUUACCAAUAAGCUUUAAGGUUUGUAUAAUUAUGAAGUGAAAACCUCUGGUGCUAAUUUAUAGGCUACUUUCCUUUUUGUUUUUUUUUUCUCAGGGGAAUCUUUUGCAUUCAUCCAUCAUUCCGUGUCAUUGGAUUGGCUGAGCCUCCUUUAAUUGGCAGCUCUCAGCAGCAGUGGCUGAACUCUGAACUACUGUCCAUGUUUUUGUUCCAUCAUGUCAGUCCACUUUCCAAACAGGAGGAAGCUCAAGUUGUUUAUGAAAUGGUGAGAAAAAGUUUUUAAUUAAAGCGGCUGACCAUAAAGGUUCUGUUUAAAGUUAAUAUUUGCAAUUUGAAACAUGUUUUUAUCUCAAACAAGAUAUUGUGUACACAAGGGAUGAAGCAAACAUUUACACAAGGAAAAUUUCUUACCUCUAACGGAUAUUUGAAUUUGCUUUAAGUUAUUAGAGGUGAUUUGAUAUCUUAAGUAAACUAUAGGAUUCAAAGAAGCUCAAAUGCUAUAGAGUAUAUAUUUUUUUGUUAGAAAGAAGCAUUCUCCUUGUGGCUUCACACUGUAAUACAGUGCUAAUGUUGACAACAUUUUCCCCUAGGUACCAGGUUCCUCAUGUGAUGCUAUGGACAAACUUCUGGAGCUCACUGAAAAAUUAAGGUCCUCUAAAGAUCCAACUGUGAGUGUAUGACUAUAAACGAAAAAUAUUUUUAUAGCUAUUUUAAAGUCCUAAUAUGGGAAAGUGGUAAGCUGUGUUUCUUAAGAUUGUUAACCCAAUAACUUUUUUUUUUAUGUACCAUGUGACACAGGUCUCAUCCAUUGCAUCAUCACUGUCCACUAGACAGUUACUUCGCAUUGCUCGCCGCCUAGCAAACUAUCCAGCUGAAGAUUUGGAACACUCAAUUCACAAAGCCUGUCUAGCAAGGUAAAUAAAUUAUCAUCAGUUUUUUUACAAGAAGUAGGAUAUUUAAAGAAUCAAAAUAACACCAAAAUUUCCUCUGCAGGUUUUUACCAAGACUAGCUGCUUCAUCCCUAGAAAAAAUUUUGAAUGAUUCUGGUAUACACAACCAAACAGAUUCCAUUGAACAAGUGACAGCAGUUGAUGCCAGUGAUUUUGUCUGUGAGUUGUUAACAGUCUUAUAAAUUACCUCAGAGUUAUUGUUCACAGGUGACUAGAAACUAAGGAUUGGUUUAGAUAGAUAAAUUGUGAGGUUGAUGAAUUUGCAUUAGAUGAUAAGAUUUGACCAUUUUCAGGUGAAAUAAAGGAUGACGAACUUCACAUUGGCCAAACAAAGGCUCCAGUUUACAACCCAGAAAAUAAAACUAAAGUUCCUAACGUCUUAUUUUAUGAAAAUCAACAGGUAAGGCUAAAAACUAGUUCAGUCCUUUCAAAGAAGAAUGCCUUGAAUGCAACAUUAUAGUCGUAAAGUGACUAAGGGUUUCAUUCCAUUCAACAGAGACCCACUGCUGAUGUGAAUCACUUUUGUUUCCUUAUUUCAGCAUCUGAAUGUUAUGGAAGACAUGUUAAAAGACUUCAUGCUGGGAGAGCAUUUGUUGCUUGUUGGGAAUCAGGUGAGGCAUGCAACAGACAAAGCCUCUCAUCCUAAGGAAAAAAAUUCCAUCAACUUGGCAGUCAAGUAGUGUAUAUAGAGUUUUCUUAUUUUCAGCUUUUCAUUACUACACGUAUCAUAGAGAAGGAAAGUACAUCUGAGGAUUCAUAUGAAAUCACCUGCUGUCACCCAUACAGUUUUAUUUCAAUUUUCCAGGGAGUUGGUAAAAACAAGAUAGCUGACAGAUUCCUACACCUCUUAAAUCGCCCAAGAGAAUACAUUCAGCUGCACAGGUUUGUCAUCUAAGACUGGUUUCAUACUGUUAGCCUUCUUUCUCUCCCUAUGUACUGUUACUUAUCCCUGUAUGUUCCUGUUGUUCUUUGUCCUCUCAGAACCUUCUUUUCUGUUUUGGGGGCACAGUAUUUAUAUCAUUCAUAAUAUAUAUUUUUUUCUGUUUAUUCUCUUUGACAAACACAGGGACACCACUGUUCAGUCUCUUACUCUACAGCCAAAUGUUCAAGAUGGAGUGAUAAUUUACGAGGAUUCUCCUCUUGUAAGUUGAACUGUCAUCUUAUGAACUGUACUGGUGAUAUUUCAUUAAAAAAAUAAAUAAAAGGAAGGAAGAUUACCCUUAUAGAGGCACUACGUCAGAAAGAAAUUUACUGCUCACAUUUUUCGCAGCACUCAAGUCAGCUUACUUAAUGCGAGGUUGCAUUUAUUCCACCUAGGUUCGCGCGGUCAAGUUUGGUCACGUGUUAGUCGUCGAUGAGGCCGACAAAGCACCUACUCACGUGACUUGCAUUCUCAAGUCCUUAGUCGAGAGUGGAAUGAUGGUCCUUGGGGAUGGUAGACGGAUUGUGACGGGUAAGUGAAAGACAUAACGCUGUGUGCCGAUAUCAUACUUGGUGACAACAAGUUUAACAGGGUUAAUUCUUGUUUGACAGAUGCUGAAUCAACUCCUGUGUCCACGAAUGUUAUCAAGGCCCACCCUGACUUCAGGAUGAUUGUUCUCGCAAAUCGACCUGGAUUUCCGUUUUUGGGAAAUGAUUUUUUUGGAUCUCUCGGUAAAAAAGCUGUAACAUUUUUUUUAAUCAAUAAGACAAUCUGAUAUCAAACUUUAUUUCUCUUUAUUUGUAGUCUUGCUCUUGAUUCUGUUUUUUAGACGCUGAUUUCGUUGAAACAAUGAUAAACUCUAAUUUUGAGGACUCUUUAUGUUACUGUUAUCCUAGGUGACAUUUUCAGUUGUCACGCAGUGGAUAAUCCAGACUUCGAUUCAGAAAUGGUAAGCUUUGAUACGACUAAUCCAUACUUUGGAUCGGAGGAGAAAUUGGUCAAUCUGAGAUAUUUCCGCAUCUUUGUGAAAAGAAUCUUAACCUUCCUUGUUCAUCUAAGAGAAAGAGAAAAGACAACGUAUAUCAGAGGAUUUCUCUAUAGCUAAGCGUUCAGUUUUGUUUAAUAACACUUAUUAAACAGCUCUUGUAUCCUGUGUCUUGUUCUUUAGGCGAUGUUACGCAAAUACGGAGCUAACGUGCCAGAGGAAUUGCUUCAUAAGCUGGUCAGUGCUUUUGGUGAGUUACGAUCUCGGGCUGAUCAGGGUCUCAUCUCUUAUCCUUACUCCACAAGAGAACUCGUCAGUGUCGUCAAACAUCUUCAGGUGAGAUGAAGUUCACGUCAAGUAAUGUUAUUGGUGUCACGUUAUACAGAGUAAGUAAAUUUGUCACGCAGUCUUCGAACACAGCACCAUAUCCACUAGAACACCACUUCCUAUUUUGCACUAUUUUCCCCUGGAGUUAGUGAAAUAACAGUACUUUUACUUAUUUUGUAGGCUUUUCCCGAAGAAGGUUUGACCAAUGUUGUCCGUAAUGUGUUUGAUUUUGACUCGUAUCACCCGGAAGUGAAGGAGGUGGUGAUUGAAGUGCUUCACAAGCAUGGUAUCCCUGUGGGAGCCUCUAGCAGAAACAUAUGCUUGUCAAAAGAGUAAGAAAGAAAAAAGACAUAAAUCAGUUCUUGGCGAAAAUGUUUAAGUUUGCUCGGUGUAGCCCAUUUAAGUAGUCAAAAAUAAGUGUAAUGCAAUUUUAAGAAGAGUAACUAUUAUUAAUGCGAGUAUCAGAGAUCGUUUGAUGCUAUGUCAAUGUCAUAAUCUCUCAACAUUUUCUACCAUUCAACCACUGCCGCGCUGUUUCGUUGACCUCAAAUUGAGUUGCCAAAUAGAUGUAAUUUUUCUGCCGUUUUUUUUUUUUUUUUUUUUUUAAGUCGUUGUUAGUUAAGACGCCAGUGGAAAUAAAAUAAAGGACCAGAAAAUAGAAGUGUUUGCCUACUUUGUUUCUUUGGUAUCGUUUUGGUUUGUACCUUCUAUUAUGAUCUCGUACCCUGUGGACAAACUGAACUCGAGGCUGACAUCAUUACCCUUCGAUUUGACUUUAUCUUCAAAAACUAAUCUUCAUUUGUCUCUGAUUUCUGUUCUUCGUCAUGUUCAGGUUUCCUUUACCACCCCCAGCCCUGGUUUCCACCUGGAAAAUUCUUGGGGACGAGAAUGGCUUCAGUGCUGGAAUCAACUGUCCAGUGGAAGAAAGAAAACUUAAAGUGCGGGUUAGUUUAACUGGAAAUUCAUUGUCUUCCACGCAAGUGUGUCAAAAAGGACCAGCGAACUCUUGUCCUUUGUCUCCUUGAAAUCCAUAGCCAACGGGCUAUUUAUUUAGCCUCUCGUCAUUGGUAGAAAUGAUCUUAUCUGAUUAAAAGAGUUGUCCUGUUGCAAAGAAGAAAUCUCUCGCCAUAAUGCAAUGACGUGAAGAGCAUAGUUUGAAACUGUGAGAUGCCAGUUUAUGGACAUUUUAUCGUUUCUAGGGCCCGGCGAUGGUUUCAGUCACGUCCAGCGAGUGCGAGCGCCGUAACGAUCGUUCACUCGGCUUCUCGGAGCAAGUGGGCCAUUGGGAUCUCCCUAUGCAUGAGGGAGAAGUAGUGACGAGUGCUGCUGUGGGACCUGGUAAGGAGUGAAACCCCAUUUCUUUGUGAAAGUAAGAUACACUAAGAUGGUUAUGCUGUGGGCUCAGCUAAUACACGAACCUUUAUCGUUCCAGGCGAAAGUUUGAAAAACUGGGUUUCAAUAUUCCACAGGUUUCUUGAUGGCCCGAAAAGCUUAAUCGCCAGGAUAAUCGCGCUCGUCUUGUUCUCGAAUGACCAUGCGCUGUUUUCAUUUUUUCUCAGGAGGAAACAAGGGGGACUGGAUCCACGUCUUAGCAAUAAGCCCAGUCUCGCUCUACUCACAACAGACUAAUCAGGAUUCAGUAUUGUGCAUGGACAUGUAUGACGUGUUUCCCCGCUCUCAGUACGCAGUCCCUCAGUUGAAAAUGGCCGCUUUAGGAGGCGACCUACAAGGACAGGUGCUUAUUCAUGAACAGGACUCAAAUUCACUAUAUCUGUUGAACCCUACGGAAAAGGAACUUCGAACUCUUAACUUCAAAUCCAUAGUUGACAACACCAGAGAGAAACUAACACGACAUUUCGCAAUUGAAAAGGGUAAAUUUCUGAUGAACUCAGAAUUUUCGCAUGAAAAUAUGGUGAUUGUUUAUCAGGAGGAUAGUAACAAGAUGGACGUGGUAGACGUAGCUGACGGAAUAACGCAACACAUUACUCUGCCAUUUAUUGUUGGACAGUUUCACCCUUUUUCACGUGAUUUGUGGCUUGUGUGUGAGACUGGGACCGACCGCAAGUACCUUCUGACGAAGCCGUACCCAGAAGCCCCUGUACCUUGUGUCCUUCAUCCAAUUGAAAGCAUUAACGUCAGUGGAGGAGACGACCAACAAUGGAUAUCGAUAUCAACUCGGAGCUUACCAUCAGUAGCUAUUACUUCGUUUGUAGGAGCGGAGAAGGGCUCUAGAAGUAAUCGAUUGCUGGUCGGAUCCGAGGAUUACGCCACUGUCGCCAUGGCUCGGCCCGAUCAGUUACUUGAAAAGUCUCCAGUUAGUUUUUAUUCAUUUCAGAGAGAAACGAAAACGGGAAAUGCAUCUAACCAGUCAGGUGCGUCAUCAUACUUUAAAGUCUCCCUAAUUUUACCUCAAGAUGACCAGAGAAAGUCGUAAUACGUUUGAUUUUUAGAGAUGAAACUCACUUUGCGUUGCCGUACAACGUUUAUUUUUGUGGUUGUUGAAGUGAGGCUGGACAUGAAAUGUGAUAUUGCCCAAAGUUGAUAAAUACGUCCCUUUUUAGGUACAGUGACUCGCUAACUAUAAUUAGCUAAGAUUCAACAUCCAUUUUCCUCCUUGGCUUUUUUUAGCGGAUGUCUGGGCCAGAAAUGUACUGUAACUAUAUACUUUUUCUUUAUUUGAAUUUCUUAGAGCGAGUAAAACCCUUGGAUAAACUUAUUACAGAGGACACAGUCCCUCCUCUUUGUCUUCCCACCACGGCUCAAGUUGUUCGUUUGGUCCCAGGGUCGACUGUUCCUCGCAAUGACGGCCAAACAAUGGAAGAGGAUGAGGAUACUGGUCAGUUCAGGGCGCGAAGUUUAUUGGGAUACUUAGAAGUCACCGAUGUAGCGAGAAGGUGGGUUUCAACCUUGAGUAACUCUUAUUUCAUUCAGAUCGCCACCCAGCGACGAUUAUUCUGUCGUCGCUUUUUCAAUGAUGUAUUUUUCUUUUGCAACACAUUUUGACCUUGUUUUCCAGAUCUGUUCGCUACAUUCCAUUCCCAGACCGUCGCGAUCUGGCUCUAUACGCGAGAUUAGCGGGAAAACCUAUAGUUAUGGCGCCAACGACAUACGAUGGCAUUGUGACAGUAGACGUUUCCGGCCGUGUCAGAUUGUGGGAGACUGGUGUCGUGAACCUUGUCCGCUCAUUAGAGAAAUGGAAGGGACCUAUAGGGGAGGACUAUCAAGGUCCCUUACAGGUACGGUCCUUUCUUUGGGAGAGAGAAUUGGUGAAGUCAGUUUGAAUCUUAGGAUGGAUGACUUUUUUUGUUGUUUCCACCGUAGGUUAAUUACUCGAGAGAAAGUGGAGAAGAUGUCACAAGUCCAAAACAUGGAAAAGUAGGGGUGUUUUCUUUUAUUAUUGCUCUUGUAUCAAAAUACCCAAGUUUUCUGAUUGCAAUAGUUUCGCUUGGAAACCACUGAGUUUCGGUCCGUAAGUCAACUUACUCUCAGUGACGCAGACGAGACUCUGAGUAGACUGAGAGUUGAGUGCGGAAAGUUCUGCGUCAAUUAUCCUGAACAUUACUGAUUCUCUCUGUCUCAGGUCGACCCUAACAACGACCCUCAUGUAGGUGGGAACACUUGGGCUGGGGGAACUGGGGGCCGCGAUACAGCAGGGCUCGGAGGCAAAGGGGGACCAUAUCGAUUGGACGCCGGACAUGAUGUACAUCAGUUGUCCGAUGAAGAGAAGGACGCAGUUCCUGAUGACGUCAAACGUGCAGCGAGGGAAAUGGGCCGGAGAGCAUUUAAACAGAAGUGAGGAAUCAUGUAGUGAACUUUCAACUGCUUUCCAUCAGAAAAGAUUACUGACCUGAGUGUAAUAGUUACUCGUAAAUUAGCGCUCGACUCAUCCUUAGUACUUUGUCUGCCUAAGCGCUGGUGUAUUUAUUCAUUCAUGUAAUAUUUAUACUGGAACAGCCAGCUUUGCUUAUUAAAAUGAAGGUGACACGAUGCAAUCAGGAAGAGCCAUGUUCCUCCGGUUUGUUGUGACUGAUAAGUGUAUUUUGUUCUUUCAGGUUGCGUGAAAUCCAAAUGAGCGAGUACGAUGCCAAAAUGUAUGAAUCUUUUUCGUCACGUGUUCGCCGCCAGGUCCAGUCCUUGCGAGUUAUUCUUGACAGUUUGCAGGCUUCAGGGCAGGAAAGAGUUUGGCUUCGGAACCAGACCUCCGGCGAACUGGACGAUGGAAAGUUAAUCGAAGGAUUGACUGGAGAAAGGGCUAUCUACAAGAAACGAGGAGAUGAAAACCCAGAGGUAUGUAGGCCUUUUCUGGAUACUAGUUAUACAGGCCUAUUUCAAAAAUGUCAUUCACCCGGUAUAUAAUGAGAGAUGUUUGUCAGGUAAGGUCAGUAGCCUUGUAAGGCAGCUUCGCCCGCCGCAUGGACGAGUGCUCGGUGUCUGAAUCGGCUCCCCCUUAAGCUUAAUGUUGAUGAAAAGGGUGGCAUGACAACCAACAGGACAAAAAACAAGACAAAACCUGACCAAUUACAAAUCAUUUUUCUCUGGGUUUUGUCCUUUGUGUUCAUGCUUGUUUGGUUUUUUGUGAAACUUUUAAAUGUUCUUUAUUAUUUCAGCAAGGAGCUCCUCAACGCCUUCCCAAGCGCCUUCGCUUUGUAGUUGAUGUCAGCGGCAGUAUGUAUCGGUUUAACAGCUUGGAUGGAAGACUGGGGCGAGUGAUGGAAGCUGCAUGUUUGGUGAUGGAAGCAUUUCAUCAGUACGAUAACAAAAUUAAGGUUCAUGUCUUUCUACCUUAUGCAAAUGUGAGUUAGCCAUUUAACCUGAUACAAUCCUUUCACACGUUCUGUAUGGUGUGUUUUCUUUCAGUAUGAUAUUGUUGGACAUUCGGGCGAUUCUCCCGAGAUUCCUUUCGUGUCUCAUGAUUCGCCGCCCAAGAACAAUAAGGAACGCCUCAACAUCAUAAAAAAGAUGCACGCACAUGCACAGUACUGUUGGAGUGGUGACCACACCUUAGAGGGCACAGAUUUAGCAGUCAAACACAUAACAGCAGAGGAAGCCGACGAUUACUUUGUUGUCGUCCUCAGCGACGCAAAUCUCGAGCGGUAUGGUAUACCCGCUGAGGCUUUUGGGAAAGUGCUCAUGUCAGAUGCACGAGUUCAUGCAUUCGCCAUCUUCAUCGGUUCGCUUGGUAAUCAGGCUGACAGGUAGAUGUGUCUCAUAAUUUUGAUGUUAGUGAAAGCUGACUUUCCCAUUCUUGUAAAACUCUUUCCUUUUUUUCAUUUCAGACUGGUCAGAAAGCUCCCAGCAGGACGGGCGUUUGUUUGUAUGGACACCAAACAGCUUCCACAAGUUCUACAGCAAAUUUUUACUUCCGCCAUGCUUUCUUCAAGAUGA